AUGGGCACCCGGGGACCCUGGAUCAGCCCCGGCCGGAGCUCGGGGCUGUGCGGAGGCGGCAGUGGCAGGGGGCGGCUGAAAGCUGAGUGCUGGGUCAUGCGACACGGCACCGCCGCCGGCUCCGCAGCCAGCUCGCGCCUCCAGGAGAAACUCGAUCGGGGCCAACAGGUGCCCGUGGCCGCAGCCCCACUGAUCCCUAUAAGGGGAGCCAAGGAGAUCCCAAAAAUAGUGCUGCGUGCCUGGGAUGCCAAGGCUGCACCCGGAGACCACGGCCGCUGCACCAUGGAGCCCCCCUGGCUGGCGGGGGGCCCCAGGCAGGCAGCUCCCCAUCGUCCACUGCCCUCGCAGACGGACCAGCAGGCCGAAGCCCGCGCCUUCCUCAGCGAGGAGAUGAUCGCGGAGUUCAAGGCCGCCUUCGACAUGUUUGAUGCGGAUGGCGGCGGGGACAUCAGCACCAAAGAGCUGGGGACGGUGAUGAGGAUGCUGGGCCAGAACCCCACCAAGGAGGAGCUGGACGCCAUCAUAGAAGAGGUGGACGAGGAUGGCAGCGGCACCAUCGACUUCGAGGAGUUCUUGGUGAUGAUGGUGCGCCAGAUGAAGGAGGACGCCAAGGGCAAGUCCGAGGAGGAGCUGGCCAACUGUUUCCGCAUCUUUGACCGGAACGCGGACGGGUUCAUUGACAUCGAGGAGCUGGGUGAGAUCCUGAGGGCCACCGGGGAGCAUGUCACCGAGGAGGACAUAGAGGACCUGAUGAAGGACUCGGACAAGAACAACGAUGGCCGCAUCGACUUUGAUGAGUUCCUGAAGAUGAUGGAGGGCGUGCAGUAAGGGACCAGACAUUCCUCGGGCCAGCCGCUGCACCCAGCCCUGCUCCACUGCCGCACGGGGAGCAGCAGCUCUGCAGCGCCCGGCCCCCGGCCGCCCGCACCAUCUGGGACCCUGCCCCACGCCAGGGCCCCGGUCUCGCCCUGUCACCGGCGGCCGAGCUUUUCCUCCAGUCUGUCGCAUGUGGUUUCAGUUUGAGCCUCAUUAAAAGGGGAAAGGCUG